AUGGUGUGGAUGGAGCGUGGCACUGGUCUACGAUGGUGUGGAUGGAGCGUGGCACUGGUCGACGAUGGUGUGGAUGGAGCGUGGCACUGGUCGACGAUGGUGUGGAUGGAGCGUGGCACUGGUCGACGAUGGUGUGGAUGGAGCGUGGCACUGGUCGACGAUGGUGUGGAUGGAGCGUGGCACUGGUCGACGAUGGUGUGGAUGGAGCGUGGCACUGGUCGACGAUGGUGUGGAUGGAGCGUGGCACUGGUCGACGAUGGUGUGGAUGGAGCGUGGCACUGGUCGACGAUGGUGUGGAUGGAGCGUGGCACUGGUCGACGAUGGUGUGGAUGGAGCGUGGCACUGGUCUACGAUGGUGUGGAUGGGAGCGUGGCACUGGUCGACGAUGGUGUGGAUGGAGCGUGGCACUGGUCUACGAUGGUGUGGAUGGAGCGUGGCACUGGUCGACGAUGGUGUGGAUGGAGCGUGGCACUGGUCGACGAUGGUGUGGAUGGAGCGUGGCACUGGUCGACGAUGGUGUGGAUGGAGCGUGGCACUGGUCGACGAUGGUGUGGAUGGAGCGUGGCACUGGUCGACGAUGGUGUGGAUGGAGCGUGGCACUGGUCGACGAUGGUGUGGAUGGAGCGUGGCACUGGUCGACGAUGGUGUGGAUGGAGCGUGGCACUGGUCGACGAUGGUGUGGAUGGAGCGUGGCACUGGUCGACGAUGGUGUGGAUGGAGCGUGGCACUGGUCGACGAUGGUGUGGAUGGAGCGUGGCACUGGUCGACGAUGGUGUGGAUGGAGCGUGGCACUGGUCUACGAUGGUGUGGAUGGAGCGUGGCACUGGUCUACGAUGGUGUGGAUGGAGCGUGGCACUGGUCGACGAUAGUGUGGAUGGAGCGUGGCACUGGUCUACGAUGGUGUGGAUGGAGCGUGGCACUGGUCUACGAUGGUGUGGAUGGAGCGUGGCACUGGUCGACGAUGGUGUGGAUGGAGCGUGGCACUGGUCGACGAUAGUGUGGAUGGAGCGUGGCACUGGUCGACGAUGGUGUGGAUGGAGCGUGGCACUGGUCGACGAUGGUGUGGAUGGAGCGUGGCACUGGUCGACGAUGGUGUGGAUGGAGCGUGGCACUGGUCGAGGCGGCGUGUUUUAA